AUGCCUGAGUACCCUUCGGGCCUUCUCUUACCUUGCUCACUGGUUACUCCACCACACCAUCUCUGCCGAUCUCCAGACCUGCACAUGACCACUUCACGUUGUAUCCAGAUCCUCUCAACACGACAAUCUUUUUUGGACUUGCAGUACCUGCCUCUUCUUUACUAG